ACUUUGCGUGCGUGUUUGCGUGCAGCGGAGGUGGCGGCGCUGGCAGGUCGGAUCUCGGCGCUGGUGUGUUUGGAGCUCCUGUGUUGGCUGUCGCUGUCCGGCUGUCUUGGGCUGCCGAGUAGAGGAGGCACCGGCCCAAGCACCUCGGCAGCCGACGGAGCUGGACGCGGGGCGUGGCUGGAGGGUGGGCGAGCGCGUGGCGGAGGGUGCCGCGCGGGCAGGCGGGAGGGCGCCCGUGAGGGAAAGAGGCGGGGGCGGCGGGUCAGCCGCGGGCCGGGCCGGCCAGGGGAUGUCGAUGCCUGACGCGAUGCCGCUACCCGGGGUCGGGGAGGAGCUGAAGCAGGCCAAGGAGAUCGAGGACGCCGAGAAGUACUCGUUCAUGGCCACCGUCACCAAGGCGCCCAAGAAGGUGCGGGGGCUCCGGGUGGUGGCGGGGGCCUAGGACCUGGCCUCGCGGAAGCGGCGCGAGCAAGCCCGGGCUCGGGUUCCGGCUAGUUUGGGACUUAAGGGGGUAUGGUUUGGGGUGUUCAGGAACAACUGACGUGGUGGGCGGGGGAGGCGGCUGAGCGGCCCCCGGCCUAACCCGGGCUGAAAAGGCCGACCCUGACCUCCCUUUCCUUUGUCCCUGGGCCCUACUUCUCCGUGAUCUUUCUGAAACGCGACAGGGCCAGGCCUCAAAUUUGCAGCUGACUUUUUCUGGUUGAAUGGCCUUGAAGAUGAGAGUGGGAGGGGGUGAACCAACUCAGCUGACCCCUGUGACCAACCCAGGGGAUGGGGGUGUUAAAGAACAUCUCCUUUCAGCAAAUCCAGUUUGCUGAUGACAUGCAGGAGUUCACCAAAUUCCCCACGAAGACAGGCCGAAGAUCUUUGUCUCGCUCCAUCUCACAGUCCUCCACGGACAGCUAUAGUUCAGCUGCAUCCUACACAGAUAGCUCUGAUGAUGAGGUUUCUCCCCGAGAGAAGCAGCAAACCAACUCCAAAGGCAGCAGCAAUUUCUGCGUGAAGAACAUCAAGCAGGCAGAAUUUGGACGCCGAGAGAUUGAGAUUGCAGAGCAAGACAUGUCUGCUCUGAUUUCACUCAGGAAACGUGCUCAGGGGGAGAAGCCCUUGGCUGGUGCUAAAAUAGUGGGCUGUACACACAUCACAGCCCAGACAGCGGUGUUGAUUGAGACACUCUGUGCCCUGGGGGCUCAGUGCCGCUGGUCUGCUUGCAACAUCUACUCAACUCAGAAUGAAGUGGCUGCAGCACUGGCUGAGGCUGGAGUUGCAGUGUUUGCUUGGAAGGGCGAGUCAGAAGAUGAUUUCUGGUGGUGUAUUGACCGCUGUGUGAACAUGGACGGGUGGCAGGCCAACAUGAUCCUGGAUGAUGGGGGAGACUUAACCCACUGGGUUUAUAAGAAGUAUCCAAACGUGUUUAAGAAGAUCCGAGGCAUUGUGGAAGAGAGCGUGACUGGUGUUCACAGGCUAUAUCAGCUCUCCAAAGCUGGGAAGCUCUGCGUUCCUGCCAUGAAUGUCAAUGAUUCUGUUACCAAACAGAAGUUUGAUAAUUUGUACUGCUGCCGAGAAUCCAUUUUGGAUGGCCUGAAGAGGACCACAGAUGUGAUGUUUGGUGGGAAGCAAGUGGUGGUGUGUGGCUAUGGUGAGGUAGGAAAGGGUUGCUGUGCUGCUCUCAAGGCCCUUGGGGCAAUUGUCUACAUCACAGAAAUUGACCCCAUCUGUGCUCUGCAGGCCUGCAUGGAUGGGUUCAGGGUGGUAAAGCUAAAUGAAGUCAUCCGGCAAGUUGAUGUCGUAAUAACUUGCACAGGAAAUAAGAAUGUAGUGACACGAGAGCACUUGGACCGUAUGAAAAACAGUUGUAUCGUAUGCAAUAUGGGCCACUCCAACACAGAAAUUGAUGUGACCAGCCUCCGCACCCCAGAGCUGACAUGGGAGCGCGUACGUUCUCAAGUGGACCAUGUCAUCUGGCCAGAUGGCAAACGUGUUGUCCUCCUGGCAGAGGGUCGUCUGCUCAAUUUGAGCUGUUCCACAGUUCCCACCUUUGUUCUGUCCAUCACAGCUACAACACAGGCUUUGGCACUGAUAGAACUCUAUAAUGCACCUGAGGGACGAUACAAACAGGAUGUAUACUUGCUUCCUAAGAAAAUGGAUGAGUACGUCGCCAGCUUGCAUCUGCCAUCAUUUGAUGCCCACCUGACAGAGCUGACAGAUGACCAAGCAAAAUAUCUGGGACUCAAUAAAAAUGGGCCAUUCAAACCCAAUUAUUACAGAUACUAAUGGACCAUAUUACCAAGGACCAGUCCACAUGAACCACACGACUCUAAAAGAAAUAUUUUUUAAGAUAACUCUUAUUUUCUUCUUACUCCUUUCCUCUUGAUUUUUUUCUAUAAUUUCAUUCUUGUUUUUCAUCUCAUUAUCCAAGUUCUGCAAACCACACAGGAACUUGCUUCAUGGCUCUUUAGAUGAAACUGAGGUUCAAAGUUCCUCACCCUAGUUACUAAAGAAGGAUUUUACUCCUAGCCCAGAAAGCUGAUUCUUUCUUUACUAUUUCUGGGGACUUUAGUCUUAAUUUAGGUACCUUAUUAACAGGAAAUGCUAAGGUACCUUCUAUGUGGAACAAUCUGCAAUGUCUAAAUCGCCUUAAAAGAGCCCAUUUCUUAGCUGCUGAAAUCAGUGCUCUUUCACUUCUUCAGAGGAGCAGGGAUGCUACCUACCAGCCAGGUAGGUUAGAUGUAGGUGGUGCAUGUUCAUUUCCCAUAGAAGUUCCAAGCCCUGUUUCCUGUGUACAGUGGUAUGUCUGGUUCAGAGAUGUGUACUAGUGAGUGUUGCUCAUUAAGAUUCAGAAGGCUCCCUUGGCUUUAUAGUACAGCCCUGCCACCAUUCCCACCAGACUCUCAUUUUUCUAGUUGUUAAGCACAUUACACUCGAUUAAGUUGAAGGUUGUCCCCUAGCAUUUAUUUCUGUUGUACAAAAAAAAAGGAAAAAAAUUUAAUAUUAACUCUGGGACUGCUUGGGUGGUUAGUUGUUACCAAUUUCUCUUUUGAACCUUUGGAACUAAGGUCACCAAGUUGAGUUCAGUGGAAUGAAAAGUCUCAAACUCUACUAAGUCCCUCUGUUUCUAGCCCAUAGUUUAUAGCAUCAAUGAACUGGAGCCAUAAUAGCAAAUUCUAUCAGCUCUGACCUAUACAGCUUGUGCUGAAGGCAAAUUUAUUAAGCCAUUACUCAAUAUAAAGCACUGAGCUCUAUCUUUAGGAUUAUCCUUUAAGAGCAAAUUUCUGGUCAGCUGUGCUUCUGCAACCUAAAAUACUUAAAGGAAGGUAGGUGUGGAUGGGAGGAGGAAUAAUGCAUUGGGCCAGGGUGAGCGAAAUGUAGCUUCAUACAAUUUAGACAUUAAUUUUAUAGCAGUGAUACACUUUUGAUUAAAACAUACCACAAAAAGUUUAUGAACUAAGAUCUUAAAGGGCAGUUUAUGUGUAGAGAAAGUAAUCAGUACAUCCUGGCUUGUGUGUUGAAGGAAUCCCCAGAGAGUUUCUCUCGAAGAUCAGAGAGACACGUUCUCAUGCCAUGCACCCUGCUUACCAGCAUUUCUGCAUGGUCAAAUGAGCAUUACGCUCAUGAGAUUUAAGUAUGUAAUUACCCAGGAUUUGAAAUCCUCAACUUGUUCUAGCUUGUGAUCCUUCAAAGUUGGGUCAUAUAUUACUGCUGGACACUGGAAGUUUUCGUUUCUCUCGUUCCAUUGAUUAGAGAGGCAGUAAAAAACAGGAACAUAGAAAAGCUUUCACCCUGCAGCUUCCUAGCAGGGUACAAUUGUCUUGCCAAAACGUUCUUCCCUUGUCCCAUUUCUCCCUACCCAGUCCCCUCCUACUCCUUGCCUGUAUGACCAUGCUUUCUUCUCUAUAGAUGCUAACAGUCAAAGCCCUUUUUCCUAGGGCACUUAGCCAGCCAGUCAGAACACCACAUCUGUUAAGGGAGGUAACCUGGCCAACAGUGUAUCCACUGUGUCAGCUCUAUUGAGGAAGGGGCCUAAGUUCUGCUGCCUCUGGCCUGCUCCCUGAUUCCAUGUCUGUUACUGUGUCCAUAGGAAUAAUAGGUAAGGGCUCCGUCGCUGUCAAACCAUGUAACAAAGGACACCUAGAAAAAUGUCUGGCAUCAGAGGGAGCAUGUGGAGAGCAACUUGGGAGGAACACGUUCAUUUUGUAUUGAAUGAUUUUUAAUGAAUGCAAUAUUAAUCCUUGCAGAUGAGCAAUAAUCAUUAAAGUCAAUUAAAAUGAUAAGACCUUA